AUGUCCACUGAUACGAGAAAACCACAAUUUAAUCUUGUAGAAAAAAUUUUACAAACGGCAGUUGGACUGAUAUUAGACUCAUCUUCAUUACUUGUCUUAAUUCAAUUACAAAGCUGCCAGUCAUACCAAACAGAUAAAAGUAUAAGUGAAGCAAUUGGGAUGCCAGUAAAUAAAGUUUCUAAUUGUUUAAAACAAUUACAGGAACAAAAAUUUAUUGGUGAGCUUCAAUUUUCUGAAAUGAAUGGAGACCGAAGAAAAAAUUCAACGGCGUAUAUUAUUAAAUAUCAAGAAACUAUUGAAAACAUUGUAUUUAAAUAUUGUAAAAUUGUUAAUAGUUAUAAUGACUCACAUAUGGUAGAGGAUGCUGUAUACAUGUGUCCACGAGACGAAUAUAAGUAUUCAUAUAUCGAUGCGAUGGAUUAUUAUGAUACAACUACUCACCGAAUGUUUUGUCCUAAUUGUGAUACUCCUUUAGUAUUAGUGGAGGAUGAUCAUAGCCAUGAUAGAAUUCAAAAGUUAAGUGAUGUCAAAUCACAAUUAAAACCAUUAAGAGAUUUAUUAGAACAAUUGAGUAUUGAAUAUAGAAGUGUUGGUGACUAUCCAUCCUAUUCAUUACCACCUAAUACGGCAAAUAAUGGGAAAGAAAGUGGUAAGAAAAAUGGUAAAAGAAGAGAAAGGAUGUAUGAAAGUGGUAUACUGAGUCGAAGAAAGAUUAAAGUUUCCAGUGGGCUUAUGCCAUGGGAAUAUGAUGAUGAAGAGGAAAAGAAAGACGAGGUUAGUCAAGUGAUGGAAAGUGGUGAAGAAGAUCUUGAUAUCUAUUCAGGGAUUAAAUAUUCUCAAUAUCGCUUCUUAACACCAGAUAAAGCAUUCCAUCAAAAAGAAAGCCAAGUUGUCUUUGACUCACAAAGUACAUCACCUGUUUUCCCAGCAGUAGUUAAAGCCAAACCACGAAAUGGAAGCAGAAAAACUAUUAUUCGAUCAGUAUCUGCAACCCCUCAAAUGUUAUAA